UACUAGCUGGUCCCAUAAAUAAAGCAAGUCAAGAAUCGAGUGGAUCAGUGAAUGGCAUACUUUAUAUUUGACGUUUAAUAGUAAAAUGACAGAAGAAGUUUUUUCACCAGGGACAUUAAAAUUUGAAUCGUACAAUAAUCGUAAUUGAAUCGAGACUUGAAUGCGAGACUUUUUGAGAGGUUAUGUUUACUCGUGAUCGUGAAUCGUGUUUGUUUUCAGAAUUCAAUUUCUUAAUUAAUAUUAGAACACAGUGAUAAAAUAACUACGGAAUUAGUUAUAAGCAAGUAUACUCUUUGUUUUUCAGAUCCAGUACCUAUAAUAUAAAAGAGCACAAUGACACAACAGAAGAAAAUACCGAAAAUAAAAAAGAUCAAAGAAGAAUUAAAUAAGGAAUUUACAUUUUUGAAAAAUGUAUUUUCUGUAAUGUCUUUACCGCUGCAGAUGAAAGGUGAAAACGAAGACAACAUGGACAUUGAAAUUGUAAAUGAAAAUCAAAAGAGUAAUGAAGAAGUUGAAAUGCCGAAAAGAGCUCGCAGUAUAGCAGAACUUGAAGAAAAAUUAGAAAAAAUCAAAUCACAGAAUAAGUUCAGUUUCAAAAAUAAAUUACAAAAGAAAAGCUUAAGUAGUAAAUUGAAUAAGAAGAUUAAGAAGACAGAAAGAGUAAAGGCGAAGGUUAAACCUGUAGUGGACAAACCGUUUGCUGAAAUGCUGAAGGCCAGUGUUGAGGAGAAACCAAAACCGAACAUUGCUAAACCAGUGUUUAACAAUGAAGGAAAACUUGUGUUCUCCAAGUUUGACUUUGCUAAUGUUGGCAAGAGAGAAAGGCCAAAUAAAUCAGAAAAAGAUCCCAAAAAAAUUUUGGAAAACCUUAAACAACAGGAAGAACGUCUAAAACAAUUGGAAGAAAAAGAAGACAGUAAUAAAGUGAAAGAAAUCAAAGAAAAGAUUGCUUGGAAAAAUGUACUGCAGAAAGCCGAAGGACAGAAAGUGAAAGAUGACCCUAUAUUACUGAAGAAGACUAUUAAGAAAAUGGAUCAAAAGAAAAAGCAAAGUAAGAAACAAUGGGACACUAGAGUUCAAAAUGUUGAACAGAAGAAAACAGAAAGGCAAAAGAAGAGAUCAGAAAAUAUUGCCAAAAAGAAGAAAGAGAAGAAGUCUAAAAUUAUAAAGACAUCAAUCAAGAGGGGCCGUGUUGUAAUAUAGUAGAAAAACUUGAAAUUUGGAAGAUUUUAAAAAUAAAUUGAUUUGUACAAAUGA